CUACCCCAUAUUCCUGUCACGGCGUUUUCACAGACCUAUCCAGAUCUAUUUUUGCUUUGAAUUUACCGGGAAUUCAGACCCUGCAGGAACCUCAGUGACCAAUCACAAGCACGGACUUAGUUUUUAACUGACGUCACCAUUUCACUGGAAGAUUAAAAAGAUUAACGCGCCACCAUUUUUUAUCCCGAUGCGCGUUUAUGUAGACCGGAGCCGACCUAUUUCGCGGGGAAAGGAGCCCAAAAAUAGACCGGUCUGUAAAAAUGCCGUGGCAUAUAGGUUUAGUAUGGAAAUUGCACGCUUCUAGGCAAAGUUUUGAGUUGUUCUGAUUCUAAUUCGAACACAUAUCGACUUUCAAACCUCACAAUUUUUACCCCAAAAUGUGCACAGAGCCUCCCUCCACUACAACGCCAUUCAUUUCCAGUACAGAAAUUGCAUGUUUUGGAUUUUUAUGUUUCAUCAAGUUUGAGUCAGAUCUCGCAGAAAACUUGCGCUUUUGCUAAAUCCGUUCAUUCCAAGUCAACCACUCUUAAGAUAGAGACUUAAGAUAGAGGGGCGAAUUGAUAAAGAAGGGAAAGCUUCUCUGAUCUCUAUUAGUAAAGCUUUUAAAAAUGGAGAGGAGACUGGGAAAGAGACUUGAAUAUUAUCGGUUCCAGUCCACUUUCAAUUUGUUCUCACGCAAAACGGCGAGAAAUCGACUUGUCUUGCACCGUUCAUCACUUCGGUUGGGUUUAUCGUGAUAUGAUCGCUGUUCUGUGUUUCACGGCACAAAGUCACGCAGAAAUACUCGUUUGUUGACGGGAAGUAGAAAAGAAAUGGCUGCAGCAAAACGUAUGAGAACAGAGGAGGCAGAAACUGAACUGGAUUUCUCGAGGCCUUGGAAGAUGAGUGAUGUUGUUUUAGUUGUCGAAGACGAGAAAUUCCAUGUUCACCGCAAUGUUCUCGCGUUGUGGUCGCCCGUUUUCGAGAAGAUGUUUACAUCAAACUUCAGAGAAAAGAGUAAAGGAGAGAUUCGGCUGCCUGGGAAACAAGCAGAGAGCGUUAAAGCCUUGCUGUGGAUGAUUUAUCCGCCAGCAAACGACGAAAUAACGCUUGAGAAUUACAGCGCCAUUUUGGAACUUGCGCACGAGUAUCAAAUUUCGUCCAUUGUCGAGAAAUGUGAAGACUUCUUGAUCACGUUGGCGGGCCGGAUUUCGUCGCCGACGUCCCUGCGGAAAUAUGAUGAAGAUAUCAUUUCUCUGCUUAUCUUGGCGCAAAAUUACAAACUGCAGAGUGUAAGAGAUGCGUGCGUUCUUUAUGCUGGUAGGCUUAGUCUGACGGAACUCAAAGAACACGACCUGUAUGAUCAAAUCGAGCCGGAGAAUUAUGCAGUAAUUCUGGAAGCAAUCAUCGAGCGAAUGCAGCGUUUUCAAAAUUCGUUGCCGUCAAGGGAGAUCUUAAGGGGAAUCAAAGCCAAAGGUAUCAGGAAAAUUGAUGCCAUAGUCAAGCUCAUGUUGAAACACAGCUCGCACAAGAAUUUCGUCGCGAGCAGGGAUGUCCUGGGAACUCACGAAGAUGCGAUUGAAGCUUACCUGUUGGCUCUGAAAAUGGACAACACCUCUCACAGCUGCCCAGAAAUGCACAAUCUUAUUUGUCCGGGUCUGAAUGUGUUUGCACCGCUUCUUAAACACCUGAAAGGUACCUUGGAGUCCAUCAUUGAUGGAUAAGAUUUCCCGAGAAAUCUACUUGUCAAAGAUAGUGACAAAUAUUACACCUUGAAUGUAAAUUAUCGUUAUUAACAUAUUAAUUUACAUGUGAAGGCCUGGACGCAUGGUACUACAUUGAUCCCAAUGAAUACGCAAUUUCCGAGAUACUUUUUUCCUCUGUUUCAAAACAAGUCUUCGUGCAAAACCUGAAAAUGUGAAAAUGAGUUUGAUUUGCUUGAAAAGUUAUGAACUUUAAGGCAGAACAUAUUUUCAUAUGAAUCAUGGUGGUUUCGCACAGACCCAUUUUGACACAGGCACAAGGCACAUUGGAAAUGGCUUAUUGCAUCAUGUUGCUAACCACUGAGAUUGUAGAUAGGCCAUUUUACAGUUCUGUGCUUAGUUGCCUGGCCCAUGGAUGCAAGCGAUGCUGAAGGUGACCUGGCUUUGAUACAGACCUCUCUGCCUUUCUUAUUUACUACAACUUGAUUUACCCAACAAAACCAGUGAGGUCUGUAUCAAAACAAGGUCACCUCCAGCCUCGCUACCAUUCAGAGGCCAGGUCACUGAGCAGACAACUGUAAAAUGGUCUAUUGUAAUAUUGUAUGCAGAAGUAGAAUCUUGUUCUACUUCUGAAAAUAUUGUGAGCAACAAUGUUAGGUGCUUCCACACAAGUGAAAAUCAAAUGUUGCAUGAAACUUUUGGACAAAAUUUUGUACCAUGGGUCUGGGCCUUAAGCUGAUACCUACAUGAAUGCAUUUUUAUAUGCAUGCCGCUCACAUGUGAGCUGAAAUACUGUUUAGGUUGAACAAAUUGCCUUGUACCCAGGCUUUGGUCUUUAUGACUUUCCAGUUUUAUUAUAUGGGAAUUUUUAAGGGCAUGUCUAAAAUUUGAAAUAAUGACAUGCCACUAUGAGCAAGACUCUGUCUGAAACAGGUGUCUUUAUUAAGGGUUAACCCUUACAAAUUAUUACAGGGAGCUAUCCACUGUUGACCUGGGUGCUAUUUAAGCUAACUGGAGUGCUAAUUGAGCUAACCGAAGUGCCAUUUUGUCAUUUCACCUCUUUGGUG